AUGUAGAAAAUUUUAUCUUUGUUUGCUGCUGCUUUAUUAUUAAGUGGUUUAGCAUUUUACACUUAAAAUGAAGAUUCAAACUCAUUUAAAACUUGGUAGAAGAAAUAUAAUAAGUUAUAUACUUAAACUGAAGAAACAUAUAGAUAGAUUAUAUUCAAUUAAAAUGUUGAAUUAAUCAAUAAACAUAACUCAAAUCCAAAUAAAAGUUAUAGUAUGGCAAUCAAUUAAUUUGUUGAUUUAACUGAUGAAGAAUUCUAAUCAAUGUAUUUAGGAAAACCAACUUUUGUUAAUAUUGAUAACAUUGAAUUAAGUUCUGGAAAUAAUCUAGGAGAAGCUGAUUGGUCUAGCAAAAUGAAUCCUAUUAAGAAUUAGGGUAAUUGUGGUUCAUGUUGGACAUUCUCUGCUAUUGGUGCUGUUGAAGGAUUCUUAAUUAUAAGAAAAGGAUUCAAAGGAGUGUUAUCUGAAUAAUAAUUAGUUGAUUGUGCUGUUGAUGCAGGAGAAGGAUGUAAUGGAGGUAAUUCAGACUUGGCAUUAGAUUAUAUUGCUGAAGUUGGUUCUGUUUAUGAAAGAGAUUAUGAAUAUGUAAAUAAUAUUAAAUAUCUUAAUAGACUGCAAGAGAUGGAGUUUGUAAAGUAAAAUAAGGAAAAGUUAGAAUUUCUGGAAGAGAAAACUAUGGUCCAAAUGAAGAUGCUAUUAAAAAGGGAAUCUAAAAUUAUCCAUUAUCUGUGAGUGUUGAUGCCUCUUAUUGGAAAUUCUAUGAUCAAGGAGUAUAUGAUGGACCAUGUAGAGAUGAUUUUCAUAAUCAUGCUGUUGUAGCUGUUGGUUUUGAUUAUGAAGGAAAUUGGAAGAUUAGAAACUCAUGGGGUGAAGGUUGGGGAGAAUCAGGACAUAUUUGGUUGAAACCAGGUAACUCUUGUGCAGUCAUGACUAGAGUAGAUGGAGCCAUAUGAU